UGACGUCAAACGUCAAGGUGGGUCAAUUUGUAAUGGCGUCGCGGUGAUUUUCAACAGUGUUUCGACGUCUGUUGAUACAGAAAGUCACAAAAGUGAAAACAAUUCGAAUUGAAAUGAAGACCGCGCUGUGAUGUUAUCCAAGUGUUGAUCAAGAUCGGACACAAAACGUUGCAUUGUUGUGUACAGUGAACAUCCGAAAUUUACAAAAAAUGGCCAAUUUUAGGAAAUCCUCAAGACUUUUAUGUGAAUUAUUUUUAGUGAUAUUAUGUUUAGUAAAUAGGAUUUCCGGUGCUGAAAACAACGCAUCCACCAGUAGAAAAGACACUCAAGCCCAUUGCGUCUGGUACGGGGAGUGCAACACCUCACCGACUGGCCUAACGCAAUACUGCCCUUACGACGGCCCUCCAAAACCCCUCAACGACACCACGGCCCUUGAGACCCUCUCGAAAUGGUGUCCACACCUGAUUUCCGACUCUAGUCAAACCAUAAACGCUUGUUGUGACGCUGCUCAAGUCGCCACAUUCGCCACCAAUAUUCAACUCGCCGCCAAUUUCCUCAAGAGAUGUCCUUCCUGUAUGAUGAAUCUCGCACGGCAUUUGUGCGACUUCACCUGCGGACAGGACCAAACAAACUACAUGAAAAUCGUCGAAGUCAAGAAUAAUACGAAAGGAGUUGAAUACAUCACUGCGAUAGACCUGUUCAUCACGAACGACUAUUUGGAAGGGACGUACAAGUCCUGUAAACAAGUCAGUGUCCCUUCGAGUGGACAACUCGCUCUAGAUCUGAUGUGUGGCUCCUGGGGGGCGAGUAAAUGUUCGGCGAUGAGAUGGUUUAACUUUAUGGGAACUGCAGGAGAUACGAAUCCUUUCGUACCGUUCCAGAUUAAUUAUCUGAAUAGUACCGGGCCGGUUGAUAAGGAUGGAGUCAAGUAUCAGCCUUUGAAUCCAGAAAUAACGCCGUGUAAUAAGGCGUUUGAUUCUAAAUCGGCAGCAUGCAGUUGCGUCGACUGCGAAGAAAGUUGCCCUGUCCCUCCGCCCCAACCUCCUGCACCCCAACCCUUCACAAUCGCCGGUUUCGACGGUUAUUUCUUCCUCAUGAUUAUUGUUUUCUGCGUUGGAACUCUCAUGUUCCUCCUGGUCGUCUUCGUCUGUCCGUCCAGAGCCGAAAUUGGUUUUCAUUUAAAUAAAAGUAAAACAGCACCCGGUGUAGAUUUGGCCGAGGAUUGUCAAGUGGGUUUGGUGACCGGGCAUGGUUCAGAAGAGAUGCGUGCUGCCGUUGGUAGACGAUUGGCGGGCGUCGACAGACAAUCCAGACUGGUGCUUGGUAGCGAUGAGGAAGAUAGCCCCCUUCAGGACUCUAAAAGAUCCAGUGUAACGUCCGAAAUGGGCCACGAACUCGACACCCAUUCAAUCAACAAAAUGCCCGGCGAAUACGAAUCGAGUUCAUCAUUUUUGGAAAAACUCGGCGCAAAUACCGACACUUUCCUCCAGCGAUUUUUCGAAUGGUGGGGCACAAUAUGUGCCGAAAGACCAUGGCUGGUACUGUUUUUGGGCGCUUGUGUUGUCGUAGGCCUGGGACACGGUAUCAAAUAUUUGAAAGUUACCACCGAUCCGGUGGAAUUGUGGGCAUCGCCAACUUCGAGAAGUCGCAUCGAAAAGGAAUAUUUCGAUAGUCAUUUCGAGCCGUUCUAUCGAAACGAACAAGUCAUAAUCAAAGCGGUGAAUUUGCCGCAAAUUCAUCACAAUACUUCGAAUGGCGAAGUUGUUUUUGGGCCUGCGUUCGAUGCGACGUUUUUGAAAGAAGUGUUGAAAUUGCAAGAGAGGAUUAAAGCGAUUGGGGCCGACACUGAUUAUGCCUUGGGGAGGAUUUGUUUUGCGCCCUUGAGGAGUGUAGGGAAGGUCAGCACAGACGUGGAGGAAUGCGUUGUCCAAAGUAUUUGGGGGUAUUAUCAGAAUGAUGAAGAGACGUUCGAUGAGACGGAUGUCGAUCCGGAUGGUUUUGAGACGAAUUAUUUGGAUUACUUCAUUUCGUGUGCGCAAAACCCCUACAACCCGAAAUGCCUCGCCCCUUACGGGGGCCCCGUCGACCCCGCCAUCGCAAUGGGCGGUUUCCUCCAACCAGGUGAAAACCUCUCAAAACAACCAAACUACCAAAACGCCACAGCUGUAAUCCUCACAUUCCUCGUAAACAACUAUCACAACAAAACCAAACUCUCGCCGGCAAUGGAGUGGGAAAAAGCGUUCGUCGCCUUCAUGAAAAACUAUACAACGAGCGAAAAACCCUCCUACAUGGAAAUCGCCUUCACUUCGGAACGCUCAAUCGAAGACGAACUCGAUCGCGAAAGCCAAUCAGACGUCGUCACAAUUCUAGUUUCCUACAUUAUCAUGUUUGCGUAUAUUGCCGUUUCGUUGGGACAAGUCAAUACCUGCUCCCGCCUUUUGAUCGAUAGUAAAAUUACGUUGGGUUUGGGGGGAGUCCUCAUAGUUUUGGCUUCGGUGGUUUCGUCCGUUGGUUUAUUUGGUUUUGUUGGUUUGCCUGCAACGCUGAUCAUAAUAGAGGUGAUUCCGUUCUUGGUUUUGGCUGUUGGUGUGGACAAUAUUUUUAUUCUUGUCCAAACGCAUCAAAGGGAAGGCAAAAAACCGACAGAAACACAUGCGCAACACAUUGGACGCACUUUGGGUCAAGUUGGCCCGUCGAUGCUUCUAACAAGUGUGUCGGAAAGUUGUUGUUUCUUCCUUGGUAGUUUAUCAGAUAUGCCAGCUGUUAAAGCUUUCGCUUUGUAUGCCGGGAUGGCGCUCUUGUUCGAUUUCCUCCUCCAGAUCACCUGUUUCGUCAGUUUGUUAUCACUGGACACCAUCAGGCAGGCCAGUAACCGCUUCGAUAUUUGUUGCUUUAUCAAAGGUUCGAAGAAAGAAAUCGUGCAAACGAAUCAGGAAGGCUUGCUUUACUCGUUUUUCAAAUCGAUUUACGUCCCACUUUUGAUGAAUCGCUUCGUGCGGGCGUUUGUCAUGAUUGUAUUUUUCGGUUGGUUGUGUUCGUCCAUUGCCGUGGUGCCACAUAUCGAGAUUGGAUUGGAUCAGGAAUUGUCGAUGCCGGAGGAUAGUUACGUGUUGAAAUAUUUCAAGUUUUUGAAGGACGAUUUGAGUAUUGGACCGCCGAUGUAUUUCGUGGUUAAGGAUGGGUUGAAUUAUAGCGAUCCGAAGGCGCAGAAUGUGAUUUGUGGAGGACAGUAUUGUGAUUUGGAUUCGUUGAUUACGCAAGUUUUUGAAGCGUCAAAGGUGCCCGAAAGGACGUAUAUUGCAAGGCCGAGUUCGAGUUGGUUGGAUGAUUAUAUUGACUGGGCGGCGGCGGCGAAAACGUGUUGUAAAUAUAAUAAGACGACGGGAGCGUUCUGUCCACAUACUAAAGGCACUUGUGCCACCUGCAACAUCUCCUACCUCCCCCUCAACCACCGUCCAACCCCCAACGACUUCGAACACUACGUCUCGUUCUUCCUCCAAGACAACCCUGACGAAACAUGCGCCAAAGCCGGCCAUGCUGCAUACAGUCAAGGUGUAAACUACGCCACAAACAAAACAACACACUUAUCAAAAGUCGGCGCUUCGUACUUCAUGGCCUACCACACAAUCCUCAAAACGUCAAAAGACUACUACGAAAGCAUGCGCUCGGCGCGUAAAGUCUCCGCCAACAUAACAAACACCAUCAACACCAAAAUCCCCUCUAGUCAAAUCGAAGUAUUCCCAUACUCCGUAUUCUACGUUUUCUACGAACAGUACCUAACCAUGUGGCCCGACACACUACAAAGUAUGGCCAUAAGUUUAGCGGCGAUUUUCGUCGUGACGUUCCUCCUCAUGGGACUGGACUUCUUCUCAUCGGCUGUGGUCGUGAUCACGAUCACGAUGAUCGUGGUCAACCUAGGCGGCUUGAUGUACUGGUGGCAUAUAACACUUAACGCCGUUUCGCUGGUGAACUUGGUCAUGGCGGUUGGAAUCGCCGUGGAGUUCUGUUCGCACCUGGUGCACAGUUUCUCCGUUUCGCUGAAGACGACGCGCGUGGAACGGGCGGCCGAUUCGUUGACGAGGAUGGGAAGUUCGAUUUUUUCGGGGAUUACCCUGACGAAGUUUGGAGGGAUUAUUGUGUUGGGCUUCGCCAAGUCGCAGAUUUUCCAAGUGUUUUACUUCAGGAUGUAUUUGGGGAUUGUGCUCUUCGGGGCGGCGCAUGGCCUGAUUUUCCUGCCAGUGCUGCUUAGCUAUGUCGGAACCCCGAUGAAUAAAGAGAAAUUGGCGAAACACAGGAAUUUAAACGGAGACCAUUUCCAGGAAACGGAAUUCGGCAGAGCGUGAUGCAAACCAAACGCCGAUACCAUCACACACCACCAGAGGACGCACCGACAAUUGUGUCACCUCUGCUGCCAUCCACUUCAAGUGCCCACUACGAUGCUAUAGUAUCCGUAGACACGUGAUUAGUCACGUGGCUAUUUAGUGUUAGUUAAAGAUUAAAGAAAUUUAGCCAUUGUUAGAUUAUCGAAUAGGUGGUGUGUACAUAAUAUAUACUCUCAUUUGUUAGUUGGUGAGUUUUGUGAUGAGUGUACAUGUCUUCGAUUGUGAUCAAGAAUCUUGACCAAAGUAUUAAAAUAUCAUUUCUUUCUCUAAGACUGCUCAGUCGCAAACUUUGACUAAUCCAUCAGUUCAAAAUUACAUUUGUAAUUUUGUACUUAUCUUAGAUGAAUUUACUUAAUGUUGUAACGGCUUAUUUAUUUUUGUAUGUGGCUUUGUGUUAGGAAAAUGCUCAUUUGUUUGGGAAAAACAGGGUCUUUUUUAUGGCCGUCGUUUCAUAUUAAGUUUUCUGGAACAUUCCGAAAAUAUUUAAUAUUAUUGUAAAAAUUUAUAUUUUGUGCUAGAACUGUGUGUAUAAAUGUAUUUUACAA